UUCUGGCCCAUGUUGCCCGUACGUGGGACCUGUUCUGUUGAGCUACAACAAUUGACAAAAUAUCUGGACAAUGGCUCUCGAACAGGAUGCGAUAGCAGGAGCAACCGUUGAGCUUCUGGAGGCGCGUCUUCGCCGACUCACUUACCUUUUGACUGGGGACACACACUGGACGGGGGUUCCCACGCCGCCCGCAAAGCCGGAGACACUCGAUGAGACGGUAUCGCGACGACUGCUUCGACUGGAAAAGGAGCUCGAGAAGCUGAGCAGGAAUAUACCCGCCGUACGAGAUGUGGUUCAACUUCACGACCGCUUCCCUGACCUCUUCCGCGCAACACCUACACAAAACACCCCCGAGAACCUAACGACCCAAAACCUCGCAUCGAUCGUAUUAUCCUACGCGUCCGCAUUCCCCGAAACCGCCUCUCGGCUUACCUCGUUAAACGACCUUCCCAUUCCCGACGCCCAGGCGUCGGCCUCUCUCAUCCAGCUACAGCCGCAACUCGACCAACUGGCACAAACUCAGGAGGAGCAGGCGCAGGCGAUUUCAGAACUUCGAAUCCGGACUGCGCGGGUGCUGCAGCGUUGGUAUGAGGUGGGAUUGGUGGGUGAGGCAGAGUGUUGGGCUGAAUGGGAGGGGAGAUUGGAGGAUGUCGAGAGGGAAGUGAAGCGAGAGGAGGUUGUGAGGGAGCGACGAGCGAAGGAACCUUGAAAUAUUUGUAUUUGAAAGGGUGAUGAGUUGUUAUGACCUUGUCUUUUUGUUUUUGUUUUUUAUCAUAUUGGGCGUCUGGAUUGUUAUGUUGAAUAUUGCAUAUUCGAUACUAUUUGUUUAUUUGUCAGGGGUAUUUUGCCACUGUACGGAGGCACCGCCGUAAACAGAACAGGUGACGUGUCUGUCAAAAACCAUCAUCGAUAGAGUAUUCCACGAGGGAUCGCAGCAUUCCAUGACUUCAUGUCCGAAUGGAUAUAAGCAGAGGGAUCGUCACUGUGCCACAAUCACAUCCAAGC